CGCAGCGCGCGGCGGCCUGUCCCUUUAAGUUGUGUCAAAGCCGAUUACCGCUGACCUCCGCCGUGAUUCUGUGUUCGCCGUCUGUUCCGGUCCGGCGCUCCGGCUCUUUCCGUGUCUGCGCUGCGGGGCCGGCGACACCGCAACCCCCGGGCUUAGAGUGCGGAGCGAUGGAGGCGCCGUGAGGUUGUCCCCGACGCGGCUCCGCUGGACCGUAACGCCCCGGUUGAACGUGCGCGGUGUGAUGUGCGCCGCGCCGCGGACUCUCUCCAACUUUCUUUUUUUGCUAAACCCCGGAUUACCUCCCGUGGAACACCUCCCCGGAGAUGUGAUGCCUCGGGUUACCGUUUGAAGUUGAAGCACCAGAAACAAAAACCCGAAGAAAAAAAAAAAAAGGAUAAAAAAUGCAGAAGGGCGUGCGCUACAACGAGGGCCACGCGCUCUACCUGUCCGUGGUCGCGCGUAAAGAGGGCUCCAAGCGCGGCUUCCUGAGCAAGAAGACCACGGAGAACAGCCGCUGGGCGGAGAAGUUCUUCGCGCUGCACCAGAACGUGCUCUUCUACUUCGAGAACGACCAGAGCGCGAGGCCCUCCGGGAUAUACCUGCUGGAGGGGUGCACGUGCGAGCGGGCACCUGCGCCCAAGGUCUCCGCCAUCAGCAAGGAGCCCCCGGAGAAACAGCAGCACUACUUCCUGGUGAUUUUUGGCCACGAUGGGCAGAAACCGUUGGAACUGCGGACGGAGGAAGAGUCGGACUGCAACGAGUGGGUGGAGUGCAUCCAGCAGGCCAGUUACUCCGACAUCAUCAUCGAGCGUGAGAUCCUGAUGCAGAAGUACAUCCACCUGGUGCAGAUCAUGGAGACGGAGAAGAUCGCAGCCAAUCAGCUGCGCACUCAGCUGGAGGACCAGGACACGGAGAUCGAGAGGCUGAAAGCCGAGAUCGUCGUGGUGAACAAAACCAAGGAGAGGAUGCUGCCUUACCAGAGCAACCAGGAGGAGGAAGACCCAGACAUCAAGAAGAUCAAAAAGGUGCAGAGCUUCAUGCGUGGCUGGCUGUGCCGGAGGAGGUGGAAGAUCAUCGUCCAGGACUACAUCAGUUCGCCGCACGCCGAGAGCAUGAGGAAGAGGAACCAGAUCGUCUUCAACAUGGUGGAGGCGGAGACGGAAUACGUCCACCAGCUCUCCAUCCUGGUGAACUGCUUCCUGCGGCCGCUCCGCAUGGCCGCCAGCUCCAAGAAGCCGCCCAUCAGCCACGACGACGUCAGCACCGUGUUCCUCAACAGUGAGACCAUCAUGUUCCUGCACGAGAUCUUCCACCAGGGUCUCCAAGCUCGGAUCGCCAACUGGCCCACGCUGGUCCUGGCCGACCUGUUCGACAUCCUGCUGCCGAUGCUGAACAUCUACCAGGAGUUCGUCCGUAACCACCAGUACAGUCUGCAGGUUCUGGCCAACUGCAAGCAGAACCGGGACUUUGACAAGCUGCUGAAACAGUACGAGUCCAACGCCGCCUGUGAGGGACGGAUGCUGGAGACGUUCCUCACCUAUCCCAUGUUCCAGAUUCCUCGAUACAUCAUCACUCUCCACGAGCUGCUGGCUCACACGCCUCACGAGCACGUGGAGCGCAAGAGUCUGGAGUUUGCCAAAUCCAAACUGGAGGAGCUGUCCAAGAUGAUGCACGAUGAGGUGAGCGACACCGAGAACAUCAGGAAGAAUCUGGCCAUCGAGAGGAUGAUCGUAGAGGGCUGUGACAUCCUGCUGGACACCAGCCAGACCUUCGUCAGACAAGGCUCCCUCAUCCAGCUACCGUCCAGCAGCGAGCGGGGGAUGCUCAGCAAGGUCCGCCUGGGCUCCCUCUCCCUGAGGAAGGAGGGCGAGCGCCAGUGUUUCCUGUUCACCAAGCACUUCCUCAUCUGUACACGAACAUCUGGAGGGAAGCUCCAUCUGCUGAAGCAAGGAGGCACGUUGUCUCUGAUCGAGUGCACUCUCAUCGAAGAGCUGGAGGCCAGCGAUGAGGACUACAACGCAGCAGGUCAAGGCUUCAACCACCUGGAGUUCAAGAUCGUGGUGGAGCCUCCGGACGGUCUGUCGUUCUCCGUCGUCCUAUUGGCUCCUUCUCGCCAGGAAAAAGCUGCCUGGACCAGCGACAUCAGCCAGUGCAUCGAUAACAUCCGAUGCAACGGCCUGAUGACCAGCGUGUUUGAGGAGAACUCCAAAGUCUCCGUGCCGCACAUGAUCAAAUCUGACGCCCGACUGCAUAAAGACGACGUCGACAUUUGCUUCAGCAAGACGCUCAACUCCUGCAAGGUGCCUCAGAUCCGCUACGCCAGCGUGGAGCGCCUCCUGGAGCGGCUCACGGACCUGCGGUUCCUCUCCAUCGACUUCCUCAACACCUUCCUGCACACGUACCGCAUCUUCACCACGGCGGCCGUGGUCAUCGACAAGCUGGCCGACAUCUACAAGAAGCCGUUCACCUCCAUCCCUGUCAGGGUCGAGCAACAUUCAUGUGACCGUCUGUCCAUCAUGUCCCUCUGUCCCGACUACAGUCUGAAGAUCACACAGCUUGCUCUGGAUCAGUCCAAGUCUCUGGAGCUCUUCUUCGCCACCAACCAGGGCUCGUGGGGGACGGACCCCCUGAACAACAAAUCCCCGAGGCUGAGCCGCAAGUUUUCCUCCCCGCCGCCCCUCACCAUCCCCUCCCGCACCUCCUCCCCCGUCCACUGCCGCAAGCUCUCGCUCAACUCCCCCAUCGGUGGGAAAGCCGGCGCCCUGGACCUCUCCUCCUCCUCCUCCACCACCAUCACCCCCACCUCCUCCGCAGCCAGCUCCCCGACCUCCAGCCACAGCCCCUCCAUCUUCUUCCCUCCUCCCGCCUCCACCAGGCUCCCCUCCUCCUCCGGCUUUUCCUCCCCGCCGCGCUCCCCGGGCCUCCCCCAGGCCUCCGGGGUGUCCCCGACGUCGCCGCUGCCGCUGCCCCCCGUCUCCACCAAGGCCCCCUUAGACCUCAGCCGCGGCCCCGGCUCCCCGGAGCUGAGCCCGGCCGCCGGGGAGGACGUCAGCGGGGAGCUGCCUCGCCUCGACGCCUUCUGUGGGAAGCUGAGGCGCAGCAUCCGCAGGGCUGUCCUGGAGUCAGUUUCUCUGGACAAGUUCUUCCCCGAGUCCCCAGCCGGCAGCGAGCCGGGCGACAUGUCUCCAUGCCGCUCCCCGUCCACGCCGAGGCAUCUCCGCUACCGAAACUCUGGAGUCACCCCGGGGGAGAACGCUCGCUGCACGAUGUCGCCGGCUUCGGCGUUUGCGAUCGCCACGGCGGCCGCCGGGCACAGCAGCUCCCAGGGUUUUACUAAUUCUGACAAAGUCUGUGACAAAGAAUUCAUCAUCCGGAGAGCUGCGACCAACCGCGUCCUCAACGUGCUGCGUCACUGGGUCUCCAAGCACUCGCAGGACUUUGACAUGAGCAGCGAGCUGAAGAUGGGGGUGGUCUGUCUGCUGGAGGAGGUGCUGCGAGAUCCAGACCUGCUGCCACAGGAGAGGAAAGCCACGGCCAACAUAUUAAGUGCUCUUUCUCAAGAAGAACAAGAUGAUGCUCAACUGAAGAUAGAGGACAUAUUACAGAUGGCGGAGAGUCCUAAAGCCGAGUGCUUCGAGUCUCUCUCAGCGAUGGAGCUGGCGGAGCAGAUCACACUGCUGGACCACAUCGUGUUCAGGAGUAUUCCCUACGAGGAGUUCCUCGGUCAGGGCUGGAUGAAGGUGGACAAGACGGAGAGGACUCCGUACAUCAUGAAGACCAGCCAGCAUUUCAACGACAUGAGCAACCUGGUGGCGUCUCAGAUCAUGACCCACACCGACGUGGGCUCCCGGGCCAGCUCCAUAGAGAAGUGGCUGGCGGUGGCCGAUAUCUGCCGCUGCCUCAACAACUACAACGGCGUGCUGGAGAUCACCUCCGCGCUCAACCGCAGCGCCAUCUACAGGCUGAAGAAGACGUGGGCCAAAGUCUGCAAGCAGACCAAGGCGCUUAUGGACCGGCUGCAGAAGACGGUGUCAUCAGAAGGGAGGUUCAAGAAUCUCAGAGAGACGCUGAAAAACUGUAACCCUCCGUGCGUCCCGUACCUGGGCAUGUACCUCACGGACCUGGCUUUCAUUGAGGAGGGAACGCCCAACUUCACGGAGGAGGGCCUGGUGAACUUCUCCAAGAUGAGGAUGAUUUCUCACAUCAUCCGGGAGAUCCGUCAGUUCCAGCAGUCCCCGUACCGGAUGGAGCACCAGCCCAAGGUGACCCAGUUCCUCCUGGAUAAGACGCUCGUGAUGGAUGAAGAUACCCUCUAUGAGCUCUCGCUGAAGAUUGAACCCAGAGUCCCCCCCGGCUGACGUCGUUUCACACACAAACGUGAUGCGUGUUUUCUUACAAUAUCAAUGAUGGAAUGGACACAACUUGAGGUUCUCUCUUAAUUAAUAAAGCAGGGGUUGUUUUGUGAAACGCCGCCAGUUAUUGUGCUUAGGAAACUCAGGAGAUAAUGUGCCUUGUUGUAUGAAUACCCAAUGUGUGUGUUUAUUAUUAAUCAGAAUGACAUACGCAGCUCCGGCGUGCAGUCGUGACCGUGGGAACCAAAACGUGGCGCUAGAAAGUCACCCGGUCGCUGCGGUCACGUUGUAAACACCAAACAAUCUGCCUCUGUAGUCUUUGUCAGGUACGUUUUUACAUUAUUUGUGUGAUUAUUGCUGGAUUUAUUGCUCUGUGGUGGUUUCCAAAUACAUUUUUAAACAAUAUGCACCGAAGCACAUGAAUGGGAUGCCUGAAGAGAAGUGGACGCUGCGUUCCAGUGAGAGGCGCUAAUUAAACGUAGACUUUGGUUCCUCGCGAGCUUUAAACACAACGCUGACGUCAUCGCGUAAAAGAUGAUGGUGUUUCUAAAAGGUUGCCUGUUACACAGCCAGCAAACCUGGAACGUGGAAACUCAUUUUGAGUUGAGUUUACCUGAUGAAUGCGAGUACAAAAAUGAUUUCUUUUAGCUCCGUUUUUGGUCUCCACCAGAAGGAACUAUCUGUCGUUAGCUGCUAAACGCUGCACUUUAUAACCGGCUAUAAUCUUAACGUAGGAUGUUUAACCCGUCGGUUUGUGGACCGACGUUUCGAAGCCGUCGCCAUCUUGGAUUACGGCCGUUCUGGUGGAGCAUUUAGCAGCUGAAGAGCUGGUGGAGACCAAAAACGGAGCUAAAAGAGAGAAAUUAUUGGACUUAAAAAUUCAAAACGCAAACUCCAAAUGGAUCAAAGCGCCCAAAAACGGUAUCAUGUCAGUUGAAGCCGAGUCAAAUCUCCACAAACCGGUUUCCACCUCAACGGGGCCGUACGGGUCCGGGGGAAGCGGCCCACUCUCCCGGUUGGUAGUCCGGCCUCGUGUGCGACGUCUCCGUGUCGAGACGCAACCGGAGUACAGUUCAAAUAUGACGCUCACAGGAGCAGUUCUAUGUCUCGUGGCUCAUCUGUUGAUACUAACGUUGUAUGUUGUUGCAGUUGCUAUUUGAUGUGCACGUUACAACAACAAAAAAACAACAAUGUUGUAGUUUACAUUCAUUCCAUGUCUGAAAAUACGGUUUCAUUCACCUCGCUUGACAAUCAAAACGCGUUUCCGCUUUACGGUGAUUUUGUACAUUUUUGUGGAAAUAAUCUUCAUUCUCUUUUUCGAGAGCGUCGGCCUAAAAAGGUUUGUCACGCGAUUCAACGCCCCGCGGUUACACUUCUUUUAUUAUUAGUUCCUUGUCAAUGUGGUCCUUUAAUCGUGUGUUAAUCCUGGUUGACUGUAUUCGUACAAUAGUAAAACUUGUUCAUAGCGUGACGUCCCUUCUGUUCUUGAGAUUGCCGUUAUCCGUAUAGAUGACUGUUAACUGAGUUUUAUUAGAUUUGUUCAUUUAUUUUGUCACGUUCCUGAUCGGGAAUCUUCAAAACGCUUGAAUGCAUUAGUAUAUAAAACUCUUGCUUUCUUACAUUUCUGUAUACUUUUAAAUUCCAGCUUUGCUGUUUUAUUUCGACCAUGCAUUUCUCUUAUGUAAUGUACAGAUAUUUACACACAAUAAAAACAAAAAGAUGUGAAUUAAAA